AUGGACAAACGAGCCCGUUCCGAGGCCGCCCGCGUCGAGGCCCUGGCCGCGAAGAGACGGAUGGAGCAGCAGCGAGCCUCAAUCGUCGCCCAAUCCCUCAAGCAAAUUGAUGCCCAGGCCUCUAAGCGUGUGGUAUUUGACUCGGAUUCGGACGCGGAUGACAACACCGACCCGAAGCCCGAAAAGCCCGAGAAGAAGAAAAACGCACUGCAAUUAUUCGAUUCGGACGAUGAUGAGGGCGAAAAACCAGAGCUCCCACAAAUCGUGAUCAAGAAUCGGCACACCGGCGAGAAAGGAGAGAAAUUGAUGCAGCUGGAAGCUAGCUUUGGAAACGACGCCCGCUUCCGGCUGGACGAGAAAUUCGCGAGUGACCACGAAGACGGGGCAUCUGGAGACGAGGAGCACGUGGAAAUUCAGGCCGAGAAGAACCAACACAAACGGAUUUUGGAAAAGGUCCUCGGCAAACAGCUAAAAACCGACAUCAAGCCAAAAGCCGAAGCAAAAUCGUCGGCGUCAAUGGUGCGGCCGUUCAACCGCUUCGACCCUGAAAAUGAGGAACAUGUGAGGUGGAUGCAAGAGUUUGAGAGGGCCCGACGACUAGAAGCCGGCGACGAAGUCGAACCGGAAGCUGGUGACGACGACGAGCCGAAAGUGGUCAGGAAGAAGGAAAAGAAGCGGAAAGCCGCCCCGGAGCCGACGAAAGAAAACAAGCAGCGCUUCUACCAUAUGGACGACGAUUUCCUCAAACAUUUGCGAGAUGCGCAGAACGCGAUCCCCGACAUCUCGUCGUUUUUCACUGGUUCUGCGCCAGUUAAAAGGGAUCCGGUAGAGGAGGAGGAAGCAGCUUCAUCGAGUGAAGACGAGACGAUACCGGCAAAACGUGCCCGGCAAGAGGAGAAGCCGGGCGUAGAAGGUGCUGACGGUGAUGUGAAGCCGAAGCUAGGGAGAGGCCCCGUGAAGAAGGACGAGGACGAGAUCGGAGAAGACGUUUCCCAAGCCGACCUCAGCAAGAAAGUCGAGUUGAAUCGGAUUCCAUUCUUUUUCACAGGAGAUGAGCCGGCCGUCCGUUCUGUGGUAUCCAAUUUCCGGCGCACCCAGGACGAGGAAAAGAUCAAGGCGAAAUGGGGCAAGUAUCAGCAGAAAGUGUGGAAUAUCGUCACCAGCAUGAAGAAAAACGCGAAGCGAGCGCAGAAGGAACGCGGGCUGAAGUACGACUACUCGCGACGCGACACGCCCCAUCAAGCCGCU